UUCACACUCCAUUCACACUCAUCCCUCGAACGUUUCCAGCAGCCCUCAUCCCUCGAACUCUUCUCCUCCGAUAGAAGGUGGUGUCGCCGCCGGCGGGACAGACCAUGGGUGCCCUCGUCAUCUGGGGAAGCUCUACUCGACCCUCUUCGCAUCGUUCCUCCUCGUCUCGCCGUCGCACGAAGUUCUGAGUUGAGCUCGUGGCGUCGCCGUCGCGAAGGGUUCCUCCCCUCCUCGCCAUCCAUUGUUUCUGAUUCUCUGCUCCUCGCCGGUUUGUGAUUUUGUGAUUUAAUCUCUGCUCCUCGCCCUCGUUGUUUCUGAUUUUGUGAUUUCAUUUCCGAUUUUGUGAUUUAAUCUCUGCUUCCUUUAAUUCUCAAAGGUAGUAGUUGCUGCGUGUAUUGGCUUUGAUGUUUGUGCAAAGGAGUUGAAGAUUGACCAGCCUUGAAGUUUGGUAAAUGUGGUGAUUCAUAUCUUCAAAAUUUGCUUCAGUUGGAGAAGGUGGCACCCAACUUUCUGGAGGACAGAAGCAAAGAAUUGCUAUAGCUGAUUGGGAGUAGCAAAGGUGGUUGAGAACGACAUGUUUGUUUUGAUGAACAAAGAACGAACAUAUUCAAUCUCAAGCUGCACACUGCUGGGAUCAUUGCUGCCAGUUUCGGAUUGGCGAAUCUUUUCUCCAGGCCCGGUGGAGGGUUCAUAUCUGAUGCAGUUUCAAAGAGGUUUGGAAUGAGGGGUAGGCUCUGGGCCUUGUGGCUUUGCCAAACAUUCGCUGGUGUCCUCACCUAUGCCAGUUGCUUCCUUACAGAUAGUCAGAGUUCAACAGUAACCACCUUAAGAUGUUGUUUUGCUCUUAAUAGUUUGAAAUUGGAUUGCAAGACAAGGAGAAUGUUUGAGAAAAAGGGGUGUACAGGUUACAGGCAGGAGAGACAGAGCCAAGCCUCUGCCCUUCAAGAUGGAUUCUAGCGGCCCAUGGGUCUUUUCCAGAGCUAAUGAAGGGAACCCAAGAGUCAGAUCCAAGUUUAUUGCACCAUGUUAUUAUAUGAACAAUUGACUGAACAAAAAUUGACGAGAAGGAAGUUUUUCUCAUCAAAUGGUUUUCCUUGCCCAAGUCUCUAAUUUACAAUGUUCUCUUUGCCUUGUGCUCUCUCCUACUAGGGAGCUAGCUCAACAAGGUCCAUGCCUAAGCAAAGAAUCCGACAAUAUCAGAGGGUGAAAACCAACGAGAGUUCCAUUUUUCUUGAAGGUGAGGAUAUAAAUAUGAGCAUUUCACAUGCUGCUGAUUCUAUUGGUUUGAAAGAGAUACCAAGAUAUGAAGUUAAAAUUAUUGAGGAGGAUGACUGGAUGAAAGGAGCUCAGUUUGGUGCUGCCUUUGCCAUUGGAGUCGAUAUAGAUUCACAAGCAAUUGCAUCAGCAUCUGAAAAUGCUACUCUGAAUAACAUCAGACCAAACAAGCUGCAACUGCACUUGAUUGCAAGCCAAACUUCUUCAUCCUGCAGGGAUGACUGGCCAUCUAGAGUUGUCGAGGGAGAAAAUGCUUUCGAGAUAGACAGAGUCACUCACAAGGAUAAAUAUGAUGUGGUCAUCGCAAACAUACUUUUAAAUCCUCUGUUAAAUCUUGCUGAUCAAAUUAUCUUUUCUGUAAAGCCUGGAGCAAUUAUUGGUCUCUCUGGAAUCUUAAGUGAACAGGUCCAGAACUUAUUACAGAAAUAUUCACUAUUCUUAGAAGGCAUAGAAGUGUCGAAAAUGGAUGACUGGGCCUGUGUGAGUGGCAGAAAAAGAAAGAAUAUAGAUAUCUGCUGAUUUGUUGCUGUAGAUGCUUGGUUUAGGGGUUUAACUUUUCUCAUCCAAUCAUUCUUUGCCGUUUUAAUGCCACCCAGAAUGUUUUACAAGAAGCAGCAUGUUGAUGAUAUACUAGGAAUUAUAGUUGAUGAUCAAUACAUUUUGUUUGUGUUUUGAAUUAUAUAUAUUGACUUGCUUGUUUAUAGUA